AUGGGAUUUCGAUAUGGAGACUGCAAUAAUAUUAUAAGUUGCUGUACUUCAGGACAACUCGUGUUGCAUAGUUUAGGUGCAGCGGACUUUGCACCUUUAAAUGUAUUUAAGAGAGCUCCUAACAUUGAAAACAGACCUGGUUCAUCCUGCUUCAUCGCGCCAAACUGGCAUCGAAUUGACAGUCGGCAAACAUGGCUGCCGUUCGUGUGGGAAGCGGAAACGCACGAAUUACUACGAGCCGAAAGGGAUGGCGGUAUACAAACACACGUGUUAGAAAGGGACGGAGGACUGUUCCUGGUAAACCAGCGUUUAGAGUGA